AUGAAGAUUACACAACUGUUAUAUAUCUUGAGUGUGGUUAUCGCAUCGAUCGAGGCGGUGGAAUAUCUAAUUCGCUUCGAGACGAAGAAGGACAAGUGCCUGAAUCCACCCAGAACGGCCAGGAAAGUGGAGACGGUGAUAGGAGAGUGCCAGGAUGAGGUCCGCAAUAAGUUGGUUAAUGAGGCCUAUGAGAUACUCAAAGAGCAGGUGUCCCACAAGCAACCGCCCAUAGAUCCCCAUGACGACUCCAUCGACUUUAUGUGGCCCUCGGCUCACGGUGCUUCCGGUGGCACUUCCAUAUCUCAUCCUUCCAGCCCCAACCACUACGAAUAUUUAGUCUACGACGAACCCGAACCACAUCGCCAUGUGGCCAGACUCAUGAGAAAUAUCCGACGCCUGGAUGUGACCAGUUCGGGCAUAUACCAUCCCACUUUGGUGCCUCUGGAAGACAAACGCAUCGCGGGGUGCCUGCUGCAUUGCGUUUAUGCCAAGAACAACGCCAUCGACCAGAAGGGUUGGCCCACCUUGGACGGCCUGGUCCACUUUUACUCCGAGGGCGUCCACGAGCACGGGUUCUUCAUGGCCACCUUGCGGUCCGUGAACCUCUGCCUCCGGACAAUGACCGCCCGGUACGGAGUGAACCGCAAGGAGCUGCCCAAGAAAGGUGAAAGCUGCGAUCUGGCUUUUGAUGUAUUCGACUGCAUAUCCGAUCAAAUCACCGGGUACUGUCUGGAUCAAUACAGCAAAUAUUAA